AUGGAAAGGAUUAAGAAAGGACCUUAUCAGCCAAUGAAUAUACAAUUUCCUCGAAAAACAGUAGGUACUUCUAAAAGAAGUUUUCAUUCGAAAUGGUAUUACGAUUAUAAUUGGUUAGAGUAUAGUCAAACAUUGGAUGCUGCAUUUUGUUUCCCUUGUCGCUGUUUCGCCCUUCAAUUAACAUCCAAAAGAGGACAUAGUGAUCUAGCAUUCAUUAAAAAAGGAUUCACUAAUUGGAAUAUAGGACCACAGAAAUUGUGUGCUCAUCAAACAAGUGAAACACACAUAGCUAGUAUGUUUUCAAUGUCUGAAGAUUUAAAAAAUAAUCCAAUUGAUAUCAUACUAGAAAAUGAAAAAAAAUUAGAACUAAGUCAAAGAGAAGAAAAGAGACAAAAGAAUAGAAUAUUUCUAAAACAACUUAUAGACGUUAUUAUAACCAUUGUAAAAGGAGGCCGCGCUUUACGAGGACAUGAUGAGUCACAAUUCAGUAACGAAAAAGGAUUGUUUUUAGAAAUUGUUAACCUGAUGUCAAGACAUGAUCCUCUUAUGAAAAAAUAUUUAGAAGACUCCCCAAAAAAUGUUACUUAUCUGAGUCAUCAAAUUCAAAACGAGAUUUUACAGAGUAUCUUAAAUGUUGUACAAAGAACAAUAACAUCACAAAUUUGUAACAAACCUAUAUCGAUAAUUUCAGAUGAUACAACUGACGCAGGUCAUCAUGAACAGAUGUCUGUGGUUGUACGAUAUUUUGAUAUGGACUUAUUUGUGCCAGUUGAACGUUUUAUUUGUCUUAAGCGAAUAUUAAGUGUUAAUUCUAAUGCCAUAUUUUUAGAGUUGUCAGAAAUCAUGUCCACCUAUAAUCUUAAUUGGAAUGAUGUGGUGUCUGUAUGUUUUGAUGGUGCUUCCACGAUGUCAGGAUGUAUUUCGGGAGUUCAAACUAAAUGUAAAGAAGAAAAUUCAAGAAUCAUGUAUGUGCACUGUUAUGCUCACUGCCUCAACUUGGUUUUAGUAGAUGCUUGUACUACUAGGAGAAAUAUUCCAAUGAUAUUUGAUUUUUUCGGAGUUGUUCAAUUGUGUUAUUCAUUUAUUGAAGGUAGCACUGUACGACAUGCUAUUUUAGAAAAAAUAUCAAAAGAUACUAACAUACAAUUGAAAACAAUGAAAUCGUUAUCUACUACAAGAUGGGCAUGUAGAGCAGAAGCCGUUGCAUCACUAAAGCAUAAUUACUUAGCUCUUAUCCCAGCAAUAGAAGAAAUAAUUUCUUCUACUUCAGCUACUGAUGUAUGUGCAAAAGGACGUGGUCUUCUAUUUCAAAUAAAGAGUUUCAAUUUUAUAUUAGGAUUAGAAAUAAUGCAACCAGUUUUACAAUUGAUAAAUAAAGUUAGUAAAAUGCUUCAAACAGAAAAUUAUGAUUUUCUUUCAGGUAUGGCAAAUGUAAAAGCUCUUCGUUUAGCAUUAUUAGAUAUGAGAACAGAAGAAUAUUUAAAAAAAAUAUUUGAUACAAGUGUAUCUAUAUACAGUAACAAAACACAAUUUGUUCAAGAAACAAAAGAAUCGGAACUUAGAAUAUCAGCUUUUUAUCCAGUGAUGGUUCAUAGUAUUGAUGAACGAUUUAGCCAGGACACUAUACAAGCUAUACAUGCAGUUGAUAGUUUACUAAAUAUGGAUAUAUCGCAAACAGAACUAUCAUAUCUAUCAAAAACCUUUCAAUGUGAUAUUGAAAAACUAGAAAUAGAAUUUGUAGUGAUCCCAGUAAGAAGUUGUACUUGUGAGAGGUCUUUCUCUAAAUUGACCCUAGUCAAAUCUAAAUUAAGAUCUACCAUGAAGCAAGAACGAUUGAAUGCUUUGAUGGUAUUGACAGUAGAGCAAGAAAUGGCAGUCAAUGUUGAUGCUGAUGCUGUUAUUGACGAUUUUAAAAUAGCGGUAGAUUUUAAGAGACGAAUGUCAUUAUAA